CUUGGGGCCUUUCUCUUCCUAUCGAGACAGCCACCUUCUUGCUCAGUGCCUAUCACCACCGCAGCCAUGACCACCACCAUCCGGCAGUUCACCUCCUCCAGCUCCAUCAAGGGCUCCUCGGGCCUGGGAGGCGGCUCCCGCACCUCCUGCCGGCUGUCUGGCAGCCUGGGUGGAGGCUCAUGCCGGUUGGGGUCUGCCAGUGGCCUGGGCAGCGCCCUCGGAGGCAGUAGCAGCUUUUCCGGCUGCUACAGCUUCGGCGCUGGCAGUGGCUAUGGUGGUGGCUAUGGUGGUGGCUAUGGCAGCAGCUUUGGGGGCGUUGACGGGCUGUUGGCAGGAGGAGAGAAGGCCACCAUGCAGAACCUCAAUGACCGCCUGGCCUCCUACCUGGACAAGGUGCGUGCCCUGGAGGAGGCCAACACCGAGCUGGAGGUGAAGAUCCGUGACUGGUACCAGAAGCGGGCCCCGGGACCUGCCCGUGACUACAGCCCCUACUACCAGACCAUCGAAGACCUGAGGAACAAGAUCCUCACAGCCACUGUGGACAAUGCCAACAUCGUGCUGCAGAUUGACAAUGCCCGUUUGGCCGCGGAUGACUUCCGCACCAAGUUUGAGACAGAGCAGGCCCUGCGCGUGAGCGUGGAGGCCGACAUCAACGGCCUGCGCAGGGUGCUGGACGAGCUGACCCUGGCCAGAGCCGACCUGGAGAUGCAGAUCGAGAACCUCAAAGAGGAGCUGGCCUACCUGAAGAAGAACCAUGAGGAGGAGAUGAACUCCUUGAGAGGCCAGGUGGGCGGUGAGAUCAAUGUGGAGAUGGAUGCUGCUCCUGGCGUGGACCUGAGCCGCAUCCUUUCUGAGAUGCGUGACCAGUACGAGAAGAUGGCAGAGAAGAACCGCAAGGAUGCUGAGGACUGGUUCUUCAGCAAGACAGAGGAGCUGAACCGCGAGGUGGCCACCAACAGUGAGCUGGUGCAGAGUGGCAAGAGUGAAAUCUCCGAGCUCCGGCGCACAAUGCAGGCCUUGGAGAUUGAGCUGCAGUCUCAGCUCAGCAUGAAAGCAUCCCUGGAGGGCAGCCUGGCAGAGACAGAGAACCGCUACUGCGUGCAGCUGUCUCAGAUCCAGGGCCUGAUUGGUAGCGUGGAGGAGCAGCUGGCCCAGCUGCGCUGUGAGAUGGAGCAGCAGAAUCAGGAAUACAAGAUCCUGCUGGACGUGAAGACCCGGCUGGAGCAGGAGAUCGCCACUUACCGCCGCCUGCUGGAGGGCGAGGAUGCCCACCUGACUCAGUACAAGCCCAGAGAACCUGUGACCACCCGCCAGGUGCGCACCAUCGUGGAGGAGGUCCAGGAUGGCAAGGUCAUUUCCUCCCACGAGCAGAUCCACCACAGCACCCGCUGAGAAUGUGGCUUCCUUGGCCAGCCCACUGGGUGGUGGAGAGGUGGCCACCCCAUCUGUCCUGCAGCCUCUGGCCUCCCUGGCCUCAGCCCCCCUGCUUCAAUACCUUUCCCACACUCCCCUGCCUGAUUCCAAUAAAGCUUGUUGACUCUCAUAUG